CCAGACGGCUCUUUUUACAGGUGUUGUCAGCUUUGGGGUCAAAGGGCGGCAGGAAGUUUGCUCAUGACAAAGAAACGCUGUGAGCUGGAGCUGGCGGUAUUUCCCCGCCUUCGCUAUAUUUGGCGACCUCUGUGUCAUCAUUGAGGCACGUACACCGCCAAGGAAAGGUUCAAAGUGAAAUCACAUGGAACUCAGAAGUGUAGGAAUUCAUGUAGGAAUUUCGCUUCUGCUACAAUUCGAAUCUUUGAUGUCUACAAUUUUACCAACAUUCUAACAACUUAGUGUAAAGUUGUAUGAGUCACACCCCACACCCCCCCACACACUGAAAGUUCACAGGCCACCAUCACGUCAUAACCACAAGGGAGCAUCCAGGAAACUAGUGGUGUCUACAAAGUCUGACAUUCUCACCAUGACCAAUCAAACUGUGUGUUCCAAGAAAAAUUCCAGCCUUCAACAAUCAUCCAAGAACUUUCAAACCAUUCAGUUGUGAAAACCCCACAAGAAGAAAGAACAUGUCUCAAAGGAAAGGUGUUGUUCUUGUUCUUUUGUCAUCUUGGACUUUGAUUUGGAAUCAAAGUUUUAGCACAGCGACUUUCAAUGUCACAAGGACGGACCGAGACUACUUCUCUGUGCAGACGUUAGACGGGGAGCCCUGCCCAGAUGGGGUGGAUGAUUUCUGUAUGACGAGGGACGCGGAGGGAGCUCACGUGUUUACGGACGUUAACGGGACCAGGUCGUGUGCGUGUAUGUGUAAGAACAGAGACACCUACAUGUCGGAUGUGAGGAGAUGUUCCCGUGCUGUAGAAGACUGUAAGCUCCAGUUUGAGGUUGGGGAUGGAGAAGAGAUCUACAUCAUGAAGGACCCUCCAGACAGGCAGCAGCACAACUAUGUCCUGGACUGGGACGAGGUGGACUGGACCAACGACGGCUACGGUCCGGGGAGGGACUGGACAUGCUCAGUGUCUUCUCAGAGGUUUCUUGAAGACGGAAGGUGGAAGCCGUUCUCAUGUCUUGGAGACGGUGUUCCAGAUGAGUUUGUUAAGGUGACCAGACCUACACCUGGAAGGGCGUGGCUUCUUGUGUUCCAGUUUGGAUCAUACCAUUCCCAGUUUGGGGGCCUGCUCAUAAAGGUGGGAAUCAACUGCCACAACCCUGAUCGGAGACGAGAAGAAAAAGACAACGGACAAGAAACGGAUUAUGAAGAGCUGGACACGACUUGUAUCGUAUUUAAGACCAGAGGAACGCGUCUUCAUAUCCCAGGUACCCCCUGUGUGACUGACCCCUCCCCCACAAGUAGACCCCCCACCCACAGUACUGUAACCAGAGAAGGCCCUGCGGUGACUGACAAGAGUUCACCUGUGUUUACUCCAACAUUCCUGUACACAACAAGGAGGCAACGAUCUCCGGCAACAGAAGAAUCCACUGUGUCAAACACCACAGGAAUGAUAAUGACAUCAGAAGAUAGUAGUAACAACAGUGGGCUGAUAGCUGGUACAGUGAUAGGAGUUCUCCUGGCUGCUGUGUUGGCUCUGGGAAUCCUCAUCUUGUUUUAUCGCAGGAAAAAAUGGAAAAGGUGA